CUCAUUCAUGACGCCAAAGUCUGAAACACGCCGGUGGAUUCAUAGAUUCGUCUUGAGCUCGAGUGUUUUUGUUAAACCCGUUAUUAUUCUCGUUGAAAACACUUGUUAAAGCCGAUGUUAUUAUAGGAAAUGCGAGAGAGCAGCGGCUCCUGUCAGGAGAGUUUGUCUCACACAGGCGAGUUGAGGAGUUCUGGAGGCGUCAUGGAAGUUGUGAACGCCAGAGAAGACUGUGGAGAUUCAGCAGGAGAUGUUCUGGAAGAGGAGGAGGAUGGAGGAGAUGUUGAGCUGAUGGAGUUACGGCUGAGUGGAGGCUCGCCGUGGGGCUUCACUCUCAGAGGAGGACUGGAGUAUCACGAGCCGCUCAUCAUUACCAAGGUGGAGGCCGGAAGUGGAGCGGCGCUGGCUCGAGUCCGGAGCGGGGAUCAGAUAGUCAGUGUUAACUCAGUUCUUCUCAGCGGUUACAGACUGGAGGCCAUUUGUCUGGUUAAAAGCUCACAUAAGACGCUCUCUCUGGGAAUAAAACGGAAGAUUAAAAUGGUGGAUAUUGUAACGCAAACAAUGCCUGCAGAAAGUGAAGUACACGUGGCCAGGAACUUUCUCACGAAGAUUUUGAGAAGUUCUAUGAGGAAAAAUCGCUUCAAAGGAAGGAAUGAAUCAUCAUGUAGACCCCAUUCGUGGCACUCUGCUAAAUCCACAGAUAACCCCACCACAGACAGCCCUAAAUCUGAACCCAGCCCUGCACCUGACUCCACUUGGCAGACAAAAUAUGAUGCAGGCUCACCCACUAAAGAAUUCACCAGCUGUUGGGGACAGACCAAUCUGCGACAAGUGUCCUGCCAGGUCAGCUCAGUGGGAAAUAUGGAAAGUGUAGAGCCCUCAUCUCACGCUUUCUCAAAAGAGCAGCCGUCAAGUAAACCCAAUGGUGGAGAAGAUCAUCCAAUGUUUUUAUCAGGCACAACUGACCACGGUCCGCCUCGGGGUGUUGCUCCCACAGAAGGGAUUUUUUACAGAGGCGUUCCCAACGAUCCUGGAGUUGCCAAUGACAGCCACAGAUACCUACAGAUCCCCAUGGGCAACGGGGGACGCGUGAGUCCCAGUGUGGAGGAGCAAGCUAGCUCCAAAUUCUCCUCCACUUGGAGAUCCAACCAUAGACCUGUGUGGCAUAUUCCUGAGAGCAAGAUGACCUCUAUUCAAGCUCCUCCACCUCCCUUGCGUAGUGAUAGUUUCACUGCCACCAGAGUUCAUGAAAAGAGCUUAGUGGGAUCGUUCCCUGAAGGCAUAUCUGUAUAUCCACACUGCAGAGCUGUGGACCAACAGUUGGAUAGUGAAGCGAGACACAGCUACAACCCACCUCCAAAGAAGGACUUCUUUCAGCCGUAUCUUUCGGUUGAAGACUACCCAAAUAAGCCAAAACCUUCCAAACCCUUUUCCCUUUCAAGCACUGAUGUAAGACAAGGGCAGAACCCAUUUACGUACGAGCUUCAGCAUCCGAGACAGCAUAGUGAUGAUAGUCACUUUUCUGUGCACCCUAACGGUACAAGUUCACCAAAUACCCAGAGUGUUGGGAGCUACUACCGAAGCCUUCAAGAUUUACCCACCAACGCUGGCAGUCGAAACAAAGCCAGAACCAGCAUGGCAUUCGACCCCAAUUAUGAGGGCCAGGCUCAUUUCCGUUACUACUGCAUCACUGCCCAGCAGCCAUCCCUGAAAUCAUCAACGCAGGGUUGGAUAGGAGAUGAACGAAGGUCUGAAAUGGGAACCAGUCAAGGUGCUACAGACAGAAGCUUGGUUGGUUCUCAAAAGGCUGUGAAGACAAAGUAUCCCCAACUGAAUGUACCCGAGAACAAGAGCUCCAACGGUUACACCAAACAGGCCAUCAGUCCUCCAUCUCAAGCCGCGUCCCCUUUACCAAAUCAUGUGAUUUCAAAGUCCAGCUCUGGGGAAAGAGAGACUCAAAAGAAGAAAGAAGGAGUUAAACCACAGCCUUCCAGGCACGUACCACCUGGACAACACCUGGACAAUCCAUGGAUCAGCAAGCAGGAUCACAAGAUCUGUCCACACAAGACCCCCAUGUUGCACUCUCUGGCCCAAGAGAGCAAGAUGGCAGAAAAAAUGACCGUAACAGCCAAAGCAGGUGGUCAAGAAUCAAUUGAUGCGAUCGGUGGUAAACAGGGAAGAAGGAGUGACCGCUACGCCACAACUCUACGCAACGAGAUCCAACAGAAGAGGGAUCAACUUCAGAAAAGCAGAAGUGCAGCUACCUUGACUUGCUCAAGCGAAGUUGAGGAUGACUCUGACAUCUGGAAGUCUAAUGAGACCUCCACGUCGUCUUCGGAUGGUUCCUUCACCAACACUUACAAAGAUCAUCUGAAGGAAGCCCAAGCCAAAGUUCUGAAGGCCACGUCAUUUAUGAGGAGGGACCUGGAGCUCUCUGGGAACGAAUCUGCAUCGGAUCAACUUCCCAAAAGAUCUGGGCCUGUUAAUGGGCAGGUCUCCCGCAUUGGGGGGCGUAAACGGUUUCCCGUGGAUAAAAAGAUACAUUCCUUCUCUGAACCGGACAAGAUCAAUAAAAUAGGAGUUGAGGAUAAAGCAGCUGGGUCGUUUGUAGACCGAUAUAAGUUCUUCGAGAGUUCCUGCAAACCGGUUCUCCAAAAGCCCAUUCCCAAUGAAGACCACAUCGAGAGAAAGUCUAGAUUGACUGGAGACUGUGAAAGCAUCCAUCAAGCUCCCUUAAAACAAAGUAAAUCAAGCCAUGCUGACCUUAAUACAGAGGAGCAACAACGGCUCGGUACGUUUGCUGAAUAUGAGGCUACAUGGAACAUGCAGAAAAAGCCAGUGGAACGAAGAAUAACGGGCAGAUACCGUUCGGCUGAAAACAUCCUGGACUCAGGCUUGGAGGAAUCCAACAGCACAGUGUGUGUUCAUGAAAGAUCCCGUUCCUCACCUUCUGCUGACUUCUACGGACAGAAAAUCCCUCCGCCACCCAGAAAGUCUCCUGUGCAAUCUCAGCCUGAAGCCAAUGGCCAACAGGAGACCCAUAUCAGCAGAGGAUCUGGAAGGGAGCACAAUCCACUUAACAUCUCCGAGCCCAUAACAAUGAACGUUCUGGAAAGUGUUGCUGUGCCUCUUGCCUCGAACCAGAGACCCAAACCUGACACCAGGCAGCCAGCAACUCUCUCUUCAAAUCAUCUCCAGGUUCCCACGUCAAAGCAACGGCUCCCUAAAAACAAAGGUUCUGAACCGCAGAGGUCCGGCAAACCCACACAGCCGGAUGCCACGGGCCCUACUAGACCUUCCCAGGAAUUUAGGGUUCAGACCUCUUUACCUGAGCCAACUCAAGAGCCCCAAAGACUGAUUACUUCACCAUGUCCUCCACAACAUCUGGAGAGAGACAUGCACCUGACUGCUGCACCAGAGGAGGACCAGAGAUCAGACAGCGAGGGAACGUUAUCUCAUACGCCACGUCUUUUAGGUCGUUCCUCUCCCAAGCAGAAAACUGAUCUGACGGUAACCUCAGCCAGCAGAACACGUUCUCGUUCUCCUUCUCCUCAGUUCUAUCCACAGAGGCUCUCAGAUGAACCACCUGCAACUGUGCAGAAAAAGGACCAAUGCAGGAGUAAGACGGAGGAAACAUCAGAGCCAAACUCUGCUGGCCGGAAGGUCCCCAUAAAGAUUGUCUGUGCAGAAAACGGUUCAGAGAGGGAAAACAGAAACUAUGUGCAAUCAUCUGCAAGCUCUGAGGUGCCUAAAACUGGCCAACUAAAAAAAACAGAUUCUCCAGAGAAAUCCAAGUCGCUGUUUAAUGCCCACGCCCAUCCAGAUCCCAUCAAAAACACAGAACAUCAGACGGUACUGGACAACACAGAGCCGAGAAGCAACGGUUUGACCACGCGUUCAGAGGAGGACCUGAAGCGAGAGGAGCUGGCCAGAGACAUCAUGGGGAAGGACAAGAGUUUGGUGGACAUCUUGGAUCAGAGUAAGAUGAAGACUACGAUGGAUCUGAUGGAGGGAAUAUUCCCACAGGGGGAGCAACUCCUGGAGGGAGUGCAGCAGAGGAGGAAAGCCAUCAACAAACAGACGUCUCCCAAAAACACACCGCAGAGAGUGGAGGACAGUUUGUCUUCGUUAGUGAGCAGUUCGUCAUAUUACAGCACAUCUGCCCCUAAAGCAGAGCUGCUCAUAAAGAUGAAGGACAUGCAGGAGCACAUGGAGGAACAGGAUUCAGAGGACGAACUUGAUUGUGACCUGUCCAACAAGAAGCAAGAGUUGAUUGACAGCUUGAGUAAGAAGCUGCAGGUUCUGCGAGAGGCGCGUGAGAGUCUUCAGGAGGACGUUCAGGAUAAUAACGCUCUGGGAGAGGACGUGGAAGCCACCGUACAGACCAUCUGCAAACCCAACGAGCUGGAGAAGUUUCGCAUGUUCGUGGGAGACCUGGAUAAAGUGGUCAGUCUCCUGCUGUCUCUGUCCGGUCGACUGGCUCGCGUGGAAAACGCCCUCGACAACCUGGAGGAGGGAACGUCAGCGGACGAGAAGCACACUUUGACCGAGAAACGCAAACUGCUGAUUCGCCAGCACGAGGAUGCCAAAGAGCUGAAGGAAAACUUGGACCGAAGAGAGCGUCUGGUUUAUGAGAUUCUGGCCAGUUACCUCAGCGAAGAGCGUAUGCAAGACUACCGGCACUUCGUCAAAAUGAAGUCUGCGCUCAUUAUUGAGCAGCGCAAACUGGAGGAUAAGAUCAAACUGGGUGAAGAGCAGCUCAAGUGUCUGAAGGACAGUCUGCCGCUGGACCAGAGACUUCUGUACUGAGCUGAUCUGGGUUCAGCAUGACCACACGACUCGAUUUCAUAUCUGUGCGUGUGCAUUGGAUAGAUUUAUUUUGUUCAAGAUCAUUCUGAUAGUCAUAGAAAUGCUUUGAACAGUUUUCUUUCUUUCAUGGAUAUUUAAGUCCACUCACGUUUUCAGGGACGUGCUGUCUAAAGGUUUUUAAGGAUCUCUUUUAGUCCGUAUUAAGGUUUUUGUACCUAUACGCUAAUUAAUUUUGCUACUGAAGGCUAAUGGUGCUAUUAACAAAGGUUUCUACCACAUUAGAUCUGCUUGUUCUAGUUUUCCACACCGAUUUGACUCAUUUCAGUGUAAAUGUUUUAAACUUUCCUCUUUGUUUGUUUUUUUACUUAAUGAAAUAACGAAGGGAGCUUCAGAAUAUCUCGUAUGUAAAAUAUUCUUUCAAUCUCUUGAUUUCUGGCCCAUAUCCCACUGUGAACCGGAAGAGUCUUUAUUGCAGGUCAUAGAUGCGCUAUCAGUGCUGAAAUACAUUUGGAAUUAAAAUAAAAAUAUUUAUAUACUGCAAA